GAAAAAAAAUCUCAAAACGAGGAACUUAAAAUCACAAACUCACAAGCAAAAGCUUAGCAGCUGUGUAAGCAGAGCUAGUUGAAUUGAUUGAGAAGCUCCGAUCAAAAAUGGCGAUAACUCUCAACAAUGGCUUCCAGAUGCCGGUGAUGGGGCUGGGAGUUUGGCGCAUGGAGAAGCACCUAGUCAGAGAUCUGAUUAUCAACGCUAUUAAGAUUGGUUAUCGCCAUUUCGACUGCGCCGCUGAUUACAAGAAUGAAGCUGAAGUUGGCGAGGCUCUAGCAGAAGCUUUUAAGAGUGGACUUGUCAAGAGGGAAGAACUCUUCAUCACCACAAAGCUCUGGAAUUCAGACCAUGGACAUGUUCUUGGGGCUUGCAAGGACAGCUUAAAGAAGCUUCAACUAGACUACUUGGAUCUGUACCUGGUGCACUUCCCGGUUGCCGUAAAGCAUACCGGAGUCGGCAAUACUAGCAGUGAAUUGGCUGAAGAUGGGGUUUUGGACAUUGAUACGACCAUAUCCUUAGAGACCACUUGGCAUGCCAUGGAAGAUCUUGUUUCCAAUGGUUUAGUUCGCAGCAUUGGCAUCAGCAAUUACGACAUCUUUUUAACCAGAGACUGUUUAGCGUAUUCGAAAGUGAAGCCUGCUGUGAACCAAAUUGAAACACAUCCUUACUUUCAACGAGAAUCUCUUGUCAAAUUUUGCCAGAAACAUGGGAUUUGUGUCACAGCUCAUACUCCUCUAGGGGGUGCUGCUGCUAACCAUGAAUGGUUUGGUACAGUUUCUUGUCUGGAAGAUCCAAUUCUUCAAGGACUCGCCAAGAAAUAUGGGAAGAGUGCUGCACAAAUUGCCCUCAAGUGGGGCAUCCAAAGGAAAACCGUCGUGAUUCCGAAGACGUCGAAACCCGAGAGAUUGGAAGAGAAUUUCCAGGUAUUUGAUUUUGAGCUUGCAAAAGAGGACAUGGAUCUAAUCAAUGGAAUCGAUAGGAAAUAUCGAACGAACCAACCCGCAAAGUUCUGGGGCAUCGAUUUAUAUGCUUAGGUAGUCAUAUACCCUGCAUAAAUAACCCUUGCCUUAUCAGUGGUUCUUAAAUUUACUACGUAGCAUUUGUUGUUGAAAUGGAUAAGUGAUGCCCGGAGGCCAAACUUUUGAACUGUUUCA